AUGGAUUUCUCACUGUCUGCACCACAACAACCAAUAUUUGAGGAUAAGCAAGCAAAAAUGCAAGAACCCAGGAAGAGAUGGACAAGAAAACAGGCAAAGGUAGCAAGUGCAAAAGAUGGAGUAUCAUGGAAAGAGGACCUCCUUAGAAGAUGUUUCUCCCACUCAGAAUGCCAAGCUAUUCUCCAAAUCAACACAUUGAGCAGACAUCUCCAAGACAAGGCUACAUGGUCCUUCAACCCAAGACAGGUUUUCCGCGCGUUCUUGCGGCUGUUACUAUUGCCCGAUUUGAAGCCUGUGAGCUCUCCUCUGAUCCACUUUAGAUCGUGGUCCGAUGGAUCCCGUAGUGGGCAAUUUCCCCUUUGCACCCAAAGCUCCCGGGAACACAGCCUGCAAAAGGUAUGGCCGCAGGGGAUAAAAGCCGCGCCUUUAUGCCUCACCAUACACACGCAGCAGCCGCUGUGCCCUCCGCCGCCGGCUACCGCUCCGCUCUCCUCCGCCUCCCCUCUGCCGUCACCCGCCGAACUCUCCAAUCCCAUCUGCCGAUCGUUCUCCGCCAGCAGGGCCAUCAACGACAUCCUCACAGGUGGCUCCGCCCUGUGGCGUUCUGGUGAGCCCAAAUUCUCGAAUCUUUCGCUCGAGCGUCCGGGACUCGGACCGGGCAGUGUUGAAUCGGUCGGGUCGAGCCGGGUCGAAGGCCGACGAGUCAUCACCAUCAUCUCCCGGUGGUUGCCUCCGAUAAGGACGGAGCCGCCUCUGGCGCGGAGGCCGAUCUUUUCCCUCAGCUGCCGCCAGCUCCGCCGCCCGUCUCUCGGGCCGGAGGUCUGGUCCUCUCGGAUUAUCGGCGGCACGUCGGUGGGAGGAACUGGUUCCGGCGCCGGAGAUCUCUUCUCGCUGAGGAUGGCGAGUAAAGUGAUGCUGGAAGAGCUGUGGCGGCUGCCUCCUGCGACGGUGGUUGAGGUAUUGGUUCGGCGAUCGUCGUCCUUGAUUCGUAGAAAGUCUCGCAGGUUGUGCGAGUCCAACUUCUCGCCGGCGCCGACGAGCGCCAUUGUCUGUAACGCAAUUGUAAUUGUCGGAGUGAAUCAAUCAAGAAUUGAGGUUAUUAUUACCGGCAAAGGAGAAAAAGAAAAGGCGAAAGGCAAAAGGAAGAGGGUACUCGAAGAAAGAGAAAAAGAAUAA